GCGUGUGUUGUCGAGGCGCGCUCUCUGUUUACAGCGCGGCGGUGUGGCCGGCGAGCGCACGCAUUCGAGUGCAGAGAUCGUGCGAAACCGAGUUUUCCGACGGUUUCCGGGCUGCAGUAGCGUCCAGGGUGUCUUCGCAGUAGUUAUUGGUGUUUAGUGUCGGACACAACGAAAACAUUCGCGAGCCCGGCCGACGAUCGGUAUCGAGCGAACUUUCGUUGCAGCUCAUAAAAAUUAUAGGUGCUUUCGGCGGAUGCGAUGAAUAAAUUUUGCAAAUCGUGUCUGUGUGUCGAAAAGGUUCGUGAGAGCUAUGUUUUGAUCGGGCAACUUGUGGUGGAAGUGCCGGGUUGUGUGGACACGGUCCGGAUUGUGAUCCUGCUGCUGGCAUCUGUGAAGUCGAGGCUGUGCGGCGGAGUGCUCGCCCGGUGUCCUUGCCAGCUGAGGGACAUUGUCAACAUAAGUGGACACACCGUGUCGGAGGGCCCGCAUCUCGUGCCGGCCAUGUGCUAAGAUCUAAGUGUACGAACGAUUCCCGUGAAGACUUCUCGCGUAGAAGACGUUAAGUGCCAUUUCUAACCAGUUUACCACACGCAGUGAUAUUUAGUCUUAUCUAGUGAUAGUGAUUAACCGUGAUAUCUAGACUUAAGGUUAGGUGCUAAAGACGACAUUUUUUAACAAACGUUACCAAAAAGAAGCGAAACUGGCUCCUUACAAGGAUAUAAUGAACUCGUCGAGCAUGAGCUCAGCGGUGCCGACGAUAAAGUGCGAGGACACAGCGCCUUCGCCGGGCGCAGGCGCAGACGACGGCGGCGCCGGCGCGUACAACCUCAGCGUGAACGUGAACCUCAGUGCCGCCGUGAUCAACAUGCUGACGGCCGAGACCGCUACCACCACGCUGCGGACACCGGAGAUCGUCAACGACGUCAUCACCAUGACCAACCCACUGGAUCAGUAUAAUUACGACAAGAGCUCUAGUUUUAAGGGCGGCAGCGGGAAUGACUCCAACUCGUCUAUGUCCAACAGCUCGUCGGCCACAUCGCCAGCCUCGAGCACGCCGCCCAGCAUACAAAAGACGUGUUCAGAACUAAUAAAGGCUGGUCUGAAGCUGUCUAUUGAAUCGAAAAGGAAGAUGUCUGGCAGCGAUACUGAUGUAGGGGUGAAACGGUUGAAGAAGGAAGACAGUGACGAUGAAUACGACAGCAGCGCCACGCAACAGCCCAAAACCGAAGGGCUGACGCCGGAAGACGAAGAGCGUAGGCGCCGCAGAAGGGAACGGAAUAAAAUAGCAGCAACCAAGUGCAGGAUGAAGAAACGUGAGCGGACAGUCAACCUGGUCACAGAAAGCGAGGUCCUGGAGAAUCAGAACAUCGAUCUCAAAGCGCAGUUGAAGGACCUCGAAGUGCAAAAGCGACAGUUGAUCGACAUGCUGUCGUUGCACGCGGCGUCGUGUGUGAAGAACAACAACAACGCGACGCGGACAUCGCCGACAGCGACCUACAACAUGGUUCGAACGUUCGAAUCUCCGACCACAUUCCCCGUCUCUUACGAGGCUCACUCGCCUUACAUUCGACCGGAGUCGGCGAACAUCCUCGCCUCCAGUUACACUUGCGCCACGCCCAUCGGCGACUCCUCUAUAGACACCAUAUCAUCCCUCGACUCCAUUUACGUGGCUCCGCCGCUCUUGGAGCCUGAGUACAGCAGACCCGACAGUGUGCUCAGCAUUCCGCCCAGUUCUGAGCCGAGUUUCGUUACCACGGACGGGUACCUCCCCAAAACCACAAACGUCCUGACUCCGAUGGACUCGGAGUACUACGAUCCCGAAGUCAACUACAACUUGGCCAGUAAUCAUCAGUGCCACGGGUUCCCGGGAACGAUCCCGGACGCGCAAGCAAAACUCAACAACAGCCUCAACGACGGAUGCCUUGUUUAGUUAACAUCUGUUAUGUACGAGUAACCAUUAUUUUGUCGGGUCCAAAUUAAUUUCGACAUGUAUACGUAUAAUUUAAGCAUUGGAUAUGAAAUUCGAAAUAGAAUGUCACCGUUAAAAUCAUUAAUUUCCAUUAAUUCAUUGAAAUAUUUACAAUAAGCGGGUGACUUCAUUUUCAAAUGAUUUAGUUCUGAUUGAUUUUAAAAUUGAGUUGGGUUGAUACCUAUAAACGCAUAAUGUUGCUAUGAUAGUGUCUAUAAACGAUGUAAGAUGUAGAGACUUAGUCCAUCAAAUUACGAAAUUAAGGUACAGCUAAAAUGAAAAAAGUUAUAAAACAAGAUUUUGCUCAUGUUAAAACAGUUUUAAAAAAUAGUAUAAAAUUGGUUAUCUAUGAGUCUCUACAUAGCUAAAUCCGGACCUGAAUUAAGAUAAACAUUCUUUAUUUCAUAUUGCACAAUAUUGCUUUCUUAUGAUUUUCUGUAAACAUACAUACAUACGAAACAUACAUAGAGACAUGGUUGAAAUUUGUGCCUAUUGUAUACAAAUAUUCACAAAAUCAGAUACUAAAUCAUAGUUUUAGUGAGGUCUCUAAUAUGUAGAAUACACAUAAACCACAGUUUGUGAUAAUUCUAUUGAACGUUAUUAAAAUCACAUAGUAUCUCGUAAAUAAUAAACUAUACAUAAAUACGCCAGGAAGUCGAUAAAGGGCGGGGAAUUCAUUUCGAAAUGAACUUGUAUGUCUACUGUGUAGAACAACAAUGUAAAAUUAGUUAUGGUGCCUAUAAUGGACGCACAGAUAUUAUGUUUAAUGAAUAUUAUAAACAAAGAGAGGGUGGUGCUGUGAGACACAUGAAGUCUAUUUUUUAUUUUUUGUCAGAAUCAUUUGUUUCAUACAUUGUUUUGUAACAUACAAACGAAACUGUGAAACAGUUGUUAAGUUAGGCAUUUCACAUAAUAUUCUAUUUAGAUAUUAAACUCUAACCUUUACCGUAUUCGUUUUAAUGUUUCUAAGUUUUAUAAUUUUGCUUUGAUCUGUAUAAAAUAUUUAAGUUUUGAGAUCUGAUUUAUUUUGUCUGUGGUGCAACUUUUACUGCAGAAGCCCCGUGCAGUUAUUUUCAUUGCCGUUUACAAAAUAAUUAUCGGAGUAUGAAUUAUUUAUUGCAUUGUGAGAGGAUUAAGCGUUUUAAUUUACAAUUAUAAAUAAAGUAACAGUCAAAGAACAUGAUAUGUAAAUGUACGAGCAUAAUUUAUAAAAAUUCUUCAUCAUAAUAAUUACCGCAGCGGUCUAGUCUUCGCUUCAAUGUCUACAAACUGUUAGUCCCAAAUAGUGUAACAUCACAUAGUUAUUACUUCCAGUACAAUUAAUAAACAAUACCUCCUGUUAAAAUUCCAAAACUAUAUAUUUUUGUUACAGAUUAUAAUAUUCAGAUUAUAUUGAAAUAUAUUCCGCUAUAUACAUAUGUUAUAAUAAUAAGUUAGUGUUAGUUUUAAGGUGCUUUAACUGAGGAUAAGUCGUGAUAUAAGUAAAUUUAUUAUUUAUAAGUCUUGGUAACAUCAUGGAGAAAAUAAUUCAAACAGAUUUGUAUUUCAGAUUUUAUGUAUAAUUAAAAUAAAUUCUAUUUACACAUGCGGUAAAACAUACAAUUUUUUAUAUUUCCGGUGUUAAAAUUUAAUGUAUCGGUAUCCAAUAACUAUUAUUAAAGACUUGUGUAAAUAAGUUCGCUUGAUAAGUGAAAUUACGAGCUAAACGAUACAUCAUUGUAAAGUGCCUCUGUAUUCUCAAACAUAUGCGACAUCGUUGAUUAUUCUGUAUAUUCAUACUCUAAUAUUAUUGAAGUUAGUAUUUUAAUGUUUAAAAUUAAUGUCAACAUCUGAAUGAAAUGGCGCCAAUUUCAUAUUCUUUGGUCUUGACGGCAUGUGUGUGAUAACUGGAGUUGUACUAUCACACAGUUUGCAAUGCUAAGUCCUAAGGUGUUUUGUAUAGGCGUACCUAAUACGCAGAAUAGAAUCCAUUCAGAACAGUGCCUUCUGCAACCAGUGAUCCUAGUCUAUGCGGCCGCCUUUACGCAGUAGUGUACGCGGUCAGUCGCGCGAGCAUUUAUUUUUAUAUUGUUGGUAAUUGUGAUAAAAACUAGGCAGAGCACAAUGUUUAACGCGUUAUCCUCUUGUGUAACAAGAACUUUGAGUCUCCAUAUUUAUUAAGAUCGUUUUUCUAAAAAAUUUAGACUUCCAUUAGAAAUAUUUGUUUUGAAUGAAUAGUUUUUAUCGAUACUCUAUUGGUCUUCGUAUUAAUUGCUUUUGUAAUGUGAAUGUACCGUCGUAGUAAUCUUUGGAAUAAGAUUAACUUUAGAAGGUAUAGUUUGGCAGUUCGCAGAUUGUUUAUUUUACUUUUUGUUCUGCGUCGCGUUUUUUUCAGACUGCUGUUAAUAAUUUAUCCAUUUAAAUCGAGUUUAAUUAGUUGUAUACAAAGAUAAUAAAUAAAAAAGUUAGUUUAUCAAGCAUUUUGCUUAUAAAUAAACAAUUUUUGAUUUUUUGUUCUAAAAUGAAUCAAAAUGGCCUAAAUAUUUACAUCAGUCAAAUACUAUGGCAGUGUGAUUUAAAUGUGGCGUAGACCUAGUGUUUUUGUGUUUCUGCUUCCCACGCAAGUGGGCAGUUAUGAUAGUACAUUACUAUUCCAUAACAUUUCGGUUGUAAGUUAAACAGUUAGUAUUAAAUUUGUUUAACAAUUUAUUGUUGUUACAGAUUAAGAUUUAACUUUGUAAUUUAUAUUUCGAUAAGAAUAUCACCCUUUUUAGUAUGUUGUUAUGUAUAUUUUAUAUUACUAAGCCUGUGCUAUGGACUAAUGCUUUGAUAAAUAUUUUAUUCACGUUUUCUACUGAUCUAUAAUUUUGAAAUGUAUUUUAAAUCAUUUCAAAGUCACAAAGUGAUUUGAUAUAAUAAUUUUGUAUAUUGUCAUUUAUAAUAUUCGGCUUGUUCUUGAUUAAAAUCACACAUUGUUGAUAAAUUUGAAAAUAAAAAGUUAAAUGAAUUAGUUUACGUAAUUGUUGUAAACAUCACUUGUACCUGCUUCUUGAAUAUAAAUAUUUUGACAGUCAAAGCAAAAUUAUUGCGCUUAUAUAUCGAAGAAUAAAUCAUAUUAUUGCAUAA